CACUGAUACUAUAGUUAUGACAAAGAGAAAUGUGGUUUUACCCGAAGAGCUUAUACUACGGAUCAUAUCGUAUGUAAAUCUACCCAUGCCAUUAUAUCAUCAGCUAUCCAGUCUUUCACUGAAUGGAAGUCAUACCAAUACUGCUAAUCGCUUGGCUGCACAUCCACUUCUUGCAAUCAGCAUGGUGUGUCGUUCUUGGAACAGACUUGCGAAUGACAUUUUAUGGCGAAAAGUCACUCUGACUGAGCACUCUUUGACCCCCUUUGUCCGUAGUGUCCUUGUUAGCGCACAGUUCGAUCUGAAUCGCAGACUCAAACAAGGUGCUAUUUCGACCCAGAAUCAUGCAGAGGUCAUAUCUGUCAUUACUGAACGGUUGAAUGCUAUAGAAUCGUUUGAAAUGCUUGAUUCUCCACCAUCAGAUCCGUAUACUGCAUAUCAAUUUUCCAGAGUAGCAACCGAUGCUCCCAUCAGCGGAUUUGAUGCUGAUACUGCAUCUCUAAACCAAGAUGAAUUGGAAACUCUUCAGACAGCUACAAUCAUAAACUUUUUAACUCCACAAUCGCAGUCGCAUGUCAAUGUGCUUCUACAGCAUCGUCAGCAGCUGGCCAAGUCGAGAGAAAUCAGACGAGCUCCACCGCUUAAAAUGCUGCCAUAUGGCAAUGGUCCAUUGAUCCGGAAACUAGACAUUCCAUCUUGGGGUCAAAAUCUGUCGCUUGUUCCACUUGUCAUGGAGUUUCUUCCUAACUGGUCUAGUGUGGCCUUCAUGCAUCCUCCACAUGGAGAAGAGCAUAUUCCAACACUUCGACCAACUCUUAUCCAAUCACUCCGGCCUAUUCUGUCUCAGUUAGAAGCCAUCACUGUUGAAGAUGUAGAUGAGGAUUGCUGGAUUCCAUUGUUACGAGCCAUAUCAGACAACUGCAGUAAUAUUCGGCAUCUCAGCCUGGAAGCCAUAUCUGAAAAGGAACAGUACGCUAGCAAUGUCGGUCUUGUUUAUCUGUUUGAAAGCGUGCCUAAGCUUGAGUAUAUUCGUAUGGACGGUGUACCUGUAGGCCACAUGCAUUUCACUCCAUUUGGCGGUGAUCUAGAUAUCAAAGCUUUGCCAAUCGUAUGUCCCAAUCUUCGUGCAAUAACGUUGGACUAUUGUGAUGUUACCAUGAAGUCUGUUUACACACUCUGGAAUGAGUGCAAAAACCUGGAAUUUCUUGGCUUGGCAGGUCUUAGUCAAGCUCCAGAGAUUCAGCAGAGUUUGUUGCCCAAACCAAAGCUAAAAAUCUUGCGAUUUGUGGAUUGUGAUGUAUCUGAUGCAUUACUGGAAGAUGUAGCGCGAAAUGCACCCAAUCUGGAGAUGUUGCGGGUUGUUUUUGAAGACAGCGAAUCUUUAAAAACUCUUGAUGUCACUGAAGGUAUUAGUGAUGCUAUGCUGUUUGCAAUUGGUAAACAUUGUCUACAUCUUCGAAUUUUAGCUAUAUCCGUUUGCAGACGCAUGACUUCGGCUGGAUUGAUCUGCAUUCUUCGCAGUCCUUCUGUCACCAUUUUGGAUUUCCACAAAACUCCUGAUUCAAAUACAGGGAUGCUUACCGACUCAUUUUUUUAUGCAAUCGCACCAUUUCUGUUGCGCAUUAAAACGCUUAAUUUAUUUGGACAGGCAGCAUUAUCUGAAACCAUGUUUAUAUCCAUUCUGCAGCAAGGAUUGCUUUCUUCUUUAGAAUCGCUAUGCGUAAACUCGACAAAUAUGGCCAAAGCAUUUCUUGACGCUUUAGCUAAUGAUGCAUGUCCUCGGAUACAACGUCUCAGUAUUGUUGACUGUAAAUAUAUUGGUCAAGCAGACCUGAUUGCAUUUCUGAGCAAUAUCCAGUCGCGCUCACCUCGACCAUUGCAGCGUCUAUACAGUAUUUAUACUUAUAUACAAACGCAUCCUAUAUACCCUACUAGUCCCACGUCCCAUGCAUUGGAAACUACUGCGGAAACAGUAGUCUCAAAUCAAGAUGGUAUACCUCUUGAACUGGAUUUACAAGCAAUGGACGAAUCACGCAACUCAGAUCCACCUACAACGACACUGGACAAUGCAUGCGAUAUAUCAGCUCGUACCCAUUCUAUUGAAUCAGAUCAAGUCUUUACACAGCAUGAAGUUGAUACUGUGCUAGAAACACACCGGCUAAUAAGAAAUGCUGAUGUAUGGUUUACAGACGAGCAUUUGGAUAUUUUUUCAUUAUGGCUUCAAGCAGUAUCAGAUGGUGGAUGUAGCACAUGA